CCCGUAAGGUACCCUUGACCUACCACGGCGGUUGGUAAGCCGUUUCGCCAGUUUGCGCGGAAAUCCCGGCUUGGCAUUGAUCAUCUCGUGAGCCUUUGCUAGCGCUUUGUGCUUCCGUCCUGCACCUGAUUCUUUUUCCAACUACCCCCAUCGAGCUUUAUGGAUUAUUUCAAUUCGCUUAAAAAUAGUUAUUUGCGUUGUCUUUCCAAGCGCGCUGUUCGCGCCCCAUCGCUAUGACAGAUACAACGUGGUCUGCGAUAAUCCAAACAAAGCCCAUCGCACACGGCUUGGACGCGUUCUGAGAGUCCGCCCAUGUGCUUUCUCAACAUGCCUCUCGUCCUCUGCCAUCGACUGGUGGCGGGAAGAAUCUUUUUAGCGAUCUAUCCAAGCUCAAUCUAGUCAUUAACACAGGGGAUUUCGCUGUAGAGCGUCUGAGAGAUCUUGUAUCAAGUGGCCCACGCCGAAGCAUGCUGGUUGAGUAGAAUUUACCAGGACAUAGGUAAAUGUUUUGACAAAGCUAAGAAUUAUAUUACUAUGCACAUUCGGUUUGUUGUCUCAAAACAAGGCGAUCACGAAUGGAAAGUAGGGGGUAGCUGGAUGGAUUUAGCCGUACUGCGUACACUGCUUCUAAGUACAUCGCAGAUCCAUAGUUUCAUUAUGGUAUUUUGGGAAAGACAUUAUUUCGAACAGGGGUGGGUCGUACGCUAG